UAUCUCUACACGCCAUCUUUAUUAUUUAUAGCUGUCACAUAUCAUCUAGAUGCUCACCAUUGCCUAUACCAAGUGAGCCUGGAGAAUUCUCUCUUAUCCUUCUUGUACCCUUCGUUUCCCCGGAUAUUCCUCUGCCCCGGCCCACGGACAGCUAUUACCUUGUUCCACAUCUACACCCAACCCCAUUGACUACUCAGCAUCCUUCUUACGUGACCUGCGGGCAAUUUCUCAUUUAUACCAUCACCGCGUGGAGCCUCCACAGCUGACACACUGUCUGCUGCCUGCCGUCUGCCGUCUAUUGUCUGCCGCUCGCCCACCUGCCCACUGUCCAAAGCCCGUGCUCAUUGCCCAGUGCUUCUUUUUCUCUAGUCCACGCUUGCUACGGCGGAAGCUUCUAGACGUCCACAUUGCGCCCUCUCUCACAUAGCACAGCUGGCUGGCGACGGGUCUUGGCAGCUACAAAUAUAGACGUGACGGCGCCUUCCUCGCCCUCAACCACCACCCCACCUUCCUCACCUACCUCUCUCCACCUACACCAUAACAACCUUCCGCACGCCCGUCUCCGGCUUGCUCUCCCUCACUCUACUCUUCUAUCCUUUGCACCUACCCUGCGCCUGGCAUCAUCAUGUCUGCCGCUGGAGAUCCCGUCCCCGCUGUCGUCGACGACGCAGCUGAGGCCCGCAAGAAGCAGCAGGAAGCCGACUACCAGAAGGCCAAGGACGCUGGCUUCUACGAUGUCACGUCUCCCCAGGCGACUCAGCUUGCAGCUGCGACCGAGCAAGACCCGGGCGCUGAGCCUCUCGAGACUCCUGCCUGGCUGUCCGACGCCGCCAUCUACGCUUGGGACGACACCUAUGGAGAAGUCGGCGAGCCCAACCCUGCCCUCGAGAAGGAGCUCUAUGGAACCGAGACCCAUAAAAUCAGCAGCUACAAUAACUUGGAUAAGUUCAUCGUCGAUGUUACGUGCGAUGAGGAGGGUGAGCCGCGCCUUCAACCUGUCCGUCGGUUUGAGGAAGCCGGUCUUCAUCCCGUCAUGGAGGAGAACGUCAAGCUUUGCAAGUACUCUAUUCCUACUCCGAUCCAGGCAUACUGCAUUCCUGCUGUCUUGACUGGUCGUGACGUUGUCGGUAUCGCCCAAACUGGCUCUGGAAAGACCGCUGCCUUCCUUAUUCCCAUCCUAUCCAAGUUGAUGGGCAAGGCCAAGCAGCUCUGCGGCCCUCGUCCCUCCGACCGUAACGACCGUGUGACUGCUGAGCCUCUUGUUCUUGUCGUUUGCCCCACUCGCGAGCUGGCUUGCCAGAUCUUCGAUGAGGCUCGUCGUCUUUGUUAUCGUACCAUGUUGCGUCCUUGCGUCGUCUACGGUGGGGCGCCCACCAAGAAUCAACGUGAACAGCUUGAGAAAGGUUGUGAUGUCCUCAUUGCCACUCCCGGUCGUCUUAUGGACUUCAUGUCUAAUGUCAACCUCCUUAACCUUUCCCGUGUCAAGUUCACUGUCAUCGAUGAAGCUGAUGAACUGCUUUCGGAAGGCUGGGAGGACAUCAUGGAGAAGCUCUUUGAGGGUGGCUCUACCAAUGUUGAUGGAGACAAUACCUACUUGAUGUUCUCGGCUACCUUUCCGCGCGCCGCUCGCAAGAUGGUCCGCGAAUACAUGGAAGACGCCGUCGUCAAGAUCAAGGUCGGCCGUGUUGGCAGCACGAACUCCCAGAUCAAGCAGAAUGUUGUCUGGGUUGAACAGAAUAUGAAGCAGCAGGCGUUGAUCGACUUAAUCUUCGCGGGUGGUGCGCAGCGCACGCUGGUGUUUGUCAACUCCAAGAUGACAUGCGAUAUGGUGGACGACUUUCUGUACAACAAGGGACUGCCCGUUACCUCGAUCCACUCUGAUCGCACUCAGCGCGAGCGCGAAGAUGCCAUGCGUGCCUUCCGUACAGGUCGCACUCCCAUCAUGGUUGCGACUGGUGUUAGCGCUCGUGGCUUGGACGUUCCAUUCAUUAGGCACGUCAUCAACUACGACAUGCCUUCAACUGCGCAUGGUGGCAUCACUGAGUACGUUCAUCGUAUUGGUCGUACCGGCCGUCUCGGUACCGAGGGCUUAGCAACUUCCUUCUAUAACGACCGCAACGACGACCUCGGCGAGGACUUGGUCAAGAUCCUGAUCGAGACUAAGCAGGAAAUUCCUGACUUCCUUCAAGAUAAGGUUCCCGAGGACCAGAAUACCAUGUUCGAUGGUCAAGGCACUGAUGAUGAGUCUGAUGAUGGCUUCGCUGUUGAUGAUCUCAAUGGUGGCGGCUUCGGUGGCGAUCUCGGUGGCUCUGGUGGUUUCGGAGAUCAGGGCUUCACGGCCGAUGACGGCUUCAAGGCCGACGACGGUUUCAAGGCUGAAGAUGGCUUCAAGGCUGACGACGGCUUUGGUGACGCGGAUGACGGCAACAAAAUGGGCAGCUGGUAG